UGAUGAUCUACUCUCCGCUCUAUACGAGACCGAAGGAUGCCAAAGAGAGAAAUAGCAUGUCCAAGUCGGCAUGUUUCAUUCAUUUGAGUCACAGAUUCCAACACAUCCCGCGCCCGCAAGUUCGGGAAGGUCCUCGGGUCCUUCACGCAAGGUAAACAAGUCGUGUCUGGAAUGCACCCGUCGAAAGGUGAAAUGCGAUGGUGGCUAUCCCUGUUCGAGUUGCCAACACUACCACGUCUCUGAAGCUUGCGUCUAUACACACCGGAAUAGACGCCAGGCUGCAAGCAAGAGUGCUUUAGAGAAGGCUACAGACACUGUGCGCCGCCAAGCUGAAGUUCUUCAACGCCUCUUUCCUGGAUAUUCACUCGAUGACUUGCUUGCAAAGAACCGAUCGGAGCUCAUCGGCUUGUUAUCGCCGAGCGCCACAGACGACAGAUCUCUCCAGACUCCGAUAUGGCCAAUUUCGACCAGUGUAUCCCCUGUCGUCUCCGGUGAUCUCGAAGAUGCACACGACUCCCCCGAUGAGUCUGAGACUGGUGAGUCUGGGGAGGAGAGACAUUGGGAAGAGCCGGCACAAAACCCGGCCACAAUUGCCGCGAGUGACGACAUCAACGCCAUCAGUCUGGCAGGCGACCGUCACCGCCGCUCAUACCUAGGCAUCACCUCCGUGAGCGCUGUUCUGAGAGUGCUAUUUCGGCUUUGCCCGGCCGCCAAGAAGCGCACUAUGGAGGAAUCAAAGACAUGGCCUGACGUUCAACAAAAUGACCCCCGUCCUUCUGUGAUGAAACCAGCUCUUGGUAUUGCUCCGUCGUCCGAUUCAUUGCGAGAACAGCGCUACGUUGGCUUUUACUUCGAGCACGUACACUCGAUUACACCGCUCAUACAUGAGGAGUCCUUUCGGGCAACUUUCGCCGCUGCCGAUCGUCAAACUCCGGCAUGGCAGGGUUUAUGCAACAUGGUGCUCACGCUGGGUUCCAUUGCCUCUGGAAGUGACACUGCUCACAUCCAUUAUUACAACCAGGCUCGCUCCUUCAUCGAUCUAGACUCUCUGGGCUCUGGAAAUCUGGAAAGCUUGCAGGCGCUGUGCCUACUUGGCGGAUACUAUCUCCACUACAGAAACUCGCCAAACAUGGCAUACGCGAUCCUCGGCGCAGCUCAGCGCUUGGCUAUAGCUCUGGGGUUACAUCGAGAGUCCCCAGUCCGGAACGACUAUCAGGAUCCCGACACUGCUCAGCGCUCUGGCAUUCGAAUCGAGACUCGGCGACGGACAUGGUGGAGUCUUUACUGCCUCGAUACGUGGGCCAGCAUGACCUUGGGUCGCCCGACUUGUGGACGGUGGGAUAGCACGACUAUGAACACAUUAUUACCAAAUGCCCUGAACACGGACGAUCACUUUGCAAUCUCCCUCCGAGCAAGUUGCCAGUUUUGCCACAUCUGCAAUCGUCUCCAGCAUCGUUUCGCGCAAUCUACACGCCUCAACACGGCAGAAGCUCAGGCUUUUGAUCUCGAACUGCAACAAUGGCAUGAAGCACUGCCUCUAAUUCUCAAAGACACCAUCAAUCCACCACCUCGCAUCACUGUCGCUAGUGAGUUCCUCCGCAACAGAUAUUAUAAUGUACGCCUCAUGUUGUCCCGAUGUUUUCUCUUAUAUCUCGCCUACGAGGACCUGAAUGGACAAAUUCCAAGCCAAGCAGAGGUGCAGAUGGCUGACUUGUGCCGUGCAAUUGCGGCGGAUGCUAUUGACGCCAUUGCGGUCCAUUGGGUCCCCAAUCGAAUCCAAGUUUGGAAUUCCGCGUGGUACCUGUUCCAAGCGUGUAUGGUGCCAUUACUCUCAAUAUCCAUGAAGACCUCGUCUAGUCCGGGUGGCAUGCAGGCCGAUAGUGUUGUGUCAUGGAACAAGAGCUUAAACAAGGCUCUUGAGGUAUUUGCAGAGAUGAAGCCGUGGAUGCGGACUUCUGAUCGCUCUCCGGAUAUUGUGGCUGUAUUAUUCCAAGCUGUAUCUGAAGGGGCCGAAGGGGCAGUACAUACACCGUCGGUGACUGAUGGAGGGUCACUUCUGUUUGGGUUGGGCAAUGAACAGCUGACAGAGAUGGACUGGAGCAUGUUUUUCAGUGAGGAGAGCAUAUCCUAUAGUUUAUUUUGAUUGACUUGAGUGUAUUAAUCAAGUUACAAGCAUAAUGACAGUUCCUACUGAUGAAUUUAAGUACAUCAAAAUCC